GUGGGAGUGCUUCCGGUGUUGUGUAUUUCCACUGAAGACCCACAUGGCUACAGUGAACUGGUGGCUCUUGUUAUUAUACCGCAUAUAUAUGUAGAUAUAGAUAUAUACAUUAAUAUUAAACCACGCUAGUACAUCAUUUAUAUUGUACCAUACUACCAAUGGCAUGGUCGUUGUUAUUACACACUCGUGGCAUGUGACAAGAAGAAAGACAUUUUAAGGUAAAGAGGUCAUUCUGAGCUGUGUGAGAGAACCGCAAAACAUCACAGAUGGCCGACAGCCUACCAGAGAAAAGUCGAGGGAUGAAAUUCGCAGAGCAGCAGCUCGCUCGAUACGGUUGGGCAGAAGGAAAAGGACUAGGGCGGGAUGAGGACGGUAUUUCAGAAGCCAUCCGAGUCAAAGUGAAGUGUAACAAAGAAGGGAUUGGACACAAGAAGGCAGAAGAGUUCACCUUCCAUUGGUGGGACCACGUCUUCAACAAGGCUUCCUCUAGCCUGCAGGUGGAGUCUGGCCAGAAUGGGGUGGAGGUGAAGACCACUGUGGAGACGGAGGGGAGCGUCUCCAACAAGAAACCCAGGAAAGCAGCACUGUCCAAGGACAAGAUGUACGGCUGCUUCGUCAAGGCGGGGACCCUGUUGUCGGGGGAGGCGCCGCCGGACCCUCAGAGCAGCGACUCGAGCAGCAGCAGCAGCAGCUCGGAGGACGACGACCGCAUGGACCUGUCCUCUAUGACCAGGCUUUCCGACGCUGACCUGAUGAAGGCUUGUGGAGGACGCACUGCUCACAAGGGGGCACGGCACGGCUUCGGAAUGAGCGCCAAGCUGGCCAGACUGGAAAAACAGGAAGCAGAAUACAUGGCCAAAUAUGGCAAGAAAAAUCAACUGCCAAACAACCAACAAGAGAAAAGCCCACCUGUCGACCAAUCGACUGCAAAAUCCCAGGAAGAGAUAAGUGAGGUCCCUCAGAAGAAGAAGAAGAAAAAGAAAAAUAAGAAAGCUGAUCUAGAAAAGGACGACUCACCAGCCCAGGAGGAGAUAAGUGAGGUCCCUCAGGAGAAAAAGAAGAAAAAGAAGAAGAAAGCUGAUCUAGAAGAGGAGGACGACUCCCCACCCCAGAAGGAGAUAAGUGAGGUGCCUCAGGAGAAAAAGAAGAAGAAAAAGAAAGCUGAUCUAGAAGAGGAGGACGACUCCCCUAACCAGAAUAAGAUAAGUGAGGUGCCUCAGGAGAAAAAGAAGAAGAAGAAGAAGAAGAAAGCUGAUCCAGAAGAGAAGGACUCCUCACCCCAGAAGGAGAUAAUUGAGGGGCCUCAGGAGGAGAAGAAGAAGCAAAAGAAAGGUAAUCUAGAAGAGGAGGCACACUCCUCACCCCAGGAGGAAAGGAGGAGGAGGAAGAGAGGGGAGGAAGAGUUGGAAUUGAUGGAGGCUGCCGUGAAGACACCAGAGUGUUCCUUAGAAGAACAACCCGUUAAGAAAAAGAAGAGAAAAUCCUGCCGGGGAGAAAAGGAGACGGAAGAGGAAUGUCCUCCAAAACCCAAGACAAAGAAGAAGAGGAGGAAGAAGGAAGAAGAGGAGACCAACAUGGAUGAGGAGGAGAGGAGCGUAGAGGAGGAUCGGACUCAGGAGGAGGCCCGAGCUGCUGCGCAUCCCAAGAGGAAGAAGAAGGAGAAGGAGGAGACGAUAAUAGAGGAGGAGCAGACUAAGGAGGAAGCCCAAGCCGCUGCUCCUCCCAGGAAGAAGAGGAGCAAGGAGUCCAGAGAGUAGAAGACGGGGUCAGCAGUCGUUUGUUUCAGUCCAUCCUUCAGGAAUUUAUUGAAAGACUGUUCACUGUGCAUUGUUCAAUUAACAUGUCAUAAUAUUAUAAACGUAUCUCUUUGCCUCAAAAUAAAAAAUAUUCACUGAAUAUAUAUAUAUAUAUAUAUAUAUAUAUAUAUAUAUAUAUAUAUAUAUACACCCAGAUGGUCAACGUGUUUUAGAUGUUUUUUGCUCGGAAGAAUCGGGCGUGUUUACCAUAAAGGAAUACUCCCAUCCGAAAAACUUUAUGUAAACUUGCACCAAAAUUCAAAUCGAAGAAAUCAUUUAGAUUAUAAGAAUAUUAUUAAAAAAAGUGGAAAGGUUGAAAAAAUAA